AUGGCAAAGUCGCUCCAGAACGGCGAAUACCAUGCCACCGUCUCAGGCGGUAAAGAGCCCGAGGGGGGUGAAUCGGACCGUCUCAAGAAGCGGAUUCAAAAGCACUACAAUAUGUCCGCUGAGCAGUUUCUCAAAGUCUGGGGCGAACACAUCCACCACGGCUACUUCAACACCCCAAACGACUCAAACGACCAAGCCCAAAUCAACCAAGUCCUGAAGCUCGUCGAAUCAUCUCGCAUCACUGCGGGAUCUAGAGUAUUAGACGUGGGAUGCGGAAUCGGGGGAACAGCGCGAUAUCUUGCGAAAGAGAAGGGAUGCAAAGUCACAGCCAUCACAAACAGCUACCGACAAGCACAACUGGGGCGCGAAUUAACCGCCGCUGAAGCCUCUCCCACCUCCACAGCCCAAACUCCAGCUUCAUCCCCGUCAUCACCGUCAUCAUCGCCGCCAAAAACGACCCAGCAAAACGAUGCCUUCAUACAGCUCUCCAACAACGCAGGGGAAGGUGCCGCAGCAGGCGCAGUCCGUAUCCUAGACCUCGACAUCGCAAACAUGCAAUCGCACUUCUCCACCACCGUCCGCGAAACAUUCGACUGCGUCUGGCUGUCCGAGGUCAUCUUCCACUUGCACGACCGCAAACAAGUCUUCGACGCCGCCUACUCGCUCCUGGAUUCCGGAGGGUGCUUGGUGAUUGCGGAUAUCUUCCGCGCGCACCACGACGCCGCCGCGGCUGGGAAACGCGUGCAGAAGGAACUCGCGUCCAUCAGGCGCAACCAUCUGUGUCCGCAGCUGGGCAGCAUCGACGAGUACAGGAAGAUGGCCGGGGAUGCGGGGUUGAAGGAGCGGCAUGAGGCUGUUGAUGUUACGGGGAAUGUGGCGAGGACUUGGGACACCGAACUCCCCCUCCGCUCCGUCCUCUACCUCAUGACCCAAGGCCGCGACGCAAUCGGCUACAUGCGCGGCAUGCGCUCCAUGAAAAGAGCCUACGCCCACGGCACCGCAGUCUACGCCAUCCUGUGUUUCGAAAAACCUUAG